AUGUUGAUGUAUCAUGUCGCAUGGAUUCCACCAUCUGAUAACUCAUGGAAACUCAAUUUUGCUGGAUGUAUUAGACCUAUCGGUACUGGCGCUGGGUGCAUUCUUCGUGACCAAAAUGCCAUCUUCAAAGUAGCUUGUGCAGUACCAAUAAAAGCUUGUAGAGACCUUGUAAUGGCAGAGUUGAUUGCUUUGAAACAUGGCCUAAUUAUUGCCAUAAACUAUGGAGUUGAUUAUAUUGAAAUUGAAGGAGAUCAACCACUGGUCAUCCAAAUGCUCCAAGGUCACCAAGCCACACCAUUUUAUGAAAUUUGUAGAGGUGUUCUUCACGAAUGCUUUAAUUGCAUUAAAAAUUUUCGAAGUGUGAAAGUUCAUCAAAUCCAUCAAUAUUCUAAUUGUGCUGCAAAUGACAUUGCUAGAAUUGCAACUGAACUCCAAGAACUUUCGUAUUGGGAUGGCAACCCUCCUUCAGCUAUAGUUAAUACUUUAGUUACUGAUGUAAUUGGUCGUUGGAUUUCUUAA